GUCCGUCACACAUUUGAUCCCCCCCACGGAUUCAGCCCUACGCCUCGAGAAAGCUUGCGCCUCCAGAGUCUGCGAACACGCACCGAACAGUGUCGCCGCGUCCAGCUUCACGACAUGAGUUCUGCGAGCUCCAUCCCUCUCUGUGUUCUGGGUCGACCGCUUUGAACGCCGUUCGGACCGCAAAUUUGCGUCCAGGUGCCGUCGUGGUGAUUGUGGGUAUCACGGGCGCAACCGGUCAUCUUGCUGGCAUGAUUGCCAAGAGCGUUUAUAAAGCUCACGUCGUGGGUGUUGACUUUGCUUGGAAGUCUGCAAGUCUAUCAGGAAAUACCAACUUGAUCUACGACAAGUUCAUGGCAUUCCCCUCUGACUUAGAUAGAGAUUGGCGCGUGUACUUCGGGGAACUUUCCCAGUAUUGCAACCAAGUACGCGGACAGCAUUGCACACCUCGUCUGGCAGACUCCGUGAUCGUAACAGCGAGUUCUGCGGCUACUUUCCACAAGCUGGAAGACUAUGUCUGCGAUGGAGGAAUCAUCAUUUGCGUUGAGGCACCACAAGGUGGUGUCAAGAUAGAGACUCCUCUUUGCACCUUUCUGGAGCGACAGUUGACUAUGAAAGGAGUCAUGAUGGGAGACCAUGUGUUUAUGAAAUCCCCCUGAGCGAUGUUCCAGACCAUAUGCAAGAAUAUCUCA